ACAGCGCUGACAAGAUGGCGGAAGGGACUGAAGCAAAGUGAGCUGGAUAGCUAACAGUCUAACUGCUACAAUUAGAAGACCUUUGCGAGUUUUGUACUGAGUACAGGUAGUGCACUGGACUGGCGUGGGGGAGGCGAGGAGCAAAUGAGCCCCUUACUGCGAGGGAGAGCAAUCGGCGGAAGAAAGACAUUAAUUGCAACUAAGCUAGCCUGCUAACCGCCCUGAAGAAACCUGCAUCCACUUGGUAGCUGAAAAUAUAUUUAGCUAGCUAGCGAGAUAUUUAGCUAACGUUAGCUUUUAGCUUGCCGGACCAAUUCAAAGAAGACGCUAACGGUAGUUAGCUAGCUAAGUAGUUGGAAUGUUGAAGAAGCUAACUAUUGUCAUAGCUAACGUUAGCUGAUUUAUUAUAUGUUUUGAUUUUCAGUAAGUUAGGUUUAAGAACUGCUGCGCGUGGAAGCCAAAUCAUUAUCAUAGUUAGCUAGCUAAUCUAAAAGGAAAAUACCCGAAACACGGUGUUGUGACGAAACGCUUGAGACGGUGCUGAACUCGGUCUAGUGUGGCUGUGAUUUUACUUGUUUGUGCUAGCAUGCUAGGUAGUUGGCGAACGACAACUAGCUAAAAUUGAUCGUUUCUGUUUGGAUACAUGGUUUGCCUUUUUUGGAUUAGGUUUUUUUCAAAAGAGCAAGAAGACUUUGCAUACAAAGCACAGCAUAGUUUUCUGGGAAGAGAACUGGGAAUUUGUCUUUAGCUAUUGACUGUUUAUUUUUUCCUGGUGCAACUUGCGUGACGCCAUGGCUCACUCCCCUGUUCAGGGUGGCCUGCCAGGGAUGCAGAAUCUAAAGGCCGACCCAGAGGAACUGUUCACCAAGCUGGAAAAGAUCGGAAAAGGCUCCUUUGGAGAGGUGUACAAAGGCAUUGACAAUCGGACUCAGAAAGUCGUGGCUAUUAAAAUAAUCGACCUGGAGGAAGCGGAGGACGAGAUAGAAGACAUUCAGCAGGAGAUCACAGUUCUGAGCCAGUGUGACAGUCCCUUUGUAACCAAGUACUACGGGUCCUACCUAAAGGACACAAAGUUAUGGAUCAUUAUGGAAUAUUUAGGAGGCGGAUCAGCGCUAGAUUUGCUGGAGCCCGGGGCGUUGGACGAAACGCAGAUCGCCACCAUUCUCCGAGAAAUACUCAAGGGCCUGGAGUACCUGCACUCAGAAAAGAAAAUCCAUAGAGAUAUUAAAGCCGCCAACGUCCUGCUGUCCGAGCAAGGAGACGUGAAGCUGGCGGACUUUGGCGUAGCCGGACAGCUAACGGACACGCAGAUCAAGAGGAACACCUUCGUGGGCACGCCCUUCUGGAUGGCCCCGGAAGUAAUCAAGCAGUCCGCCUACGACUCAAAGGCUGAUAUCUGGUCGUUAGGCAUCACGGCGAUAGAGCUGGCGAAAGGCGAGCCGCCCCACUCUGAGCUCCACCCCAUGAAGGUGCUGUUCCUCAUCCCCAAAAACAACCCGCCCACCCUGGACGGCAGCUACAGCAAACCCCUCAAGGAGUUUGUGGAGGCCUGCCUGAACAAAGAGCCCAGCUUCAGGCCCACGGCCAAAGAGCUGCUCAAGCACAAGCUAAUCGUCCGGCAUGCCAAGAAGACAUCCUACCUGACGGAGCUCAUCGACAGGUAUAAGCGGUGGAAGGCAGAGCAGUCUCGGGACGAGUCCAGUUCAGACGAGAGCGACUCAGAGCAAGAUGGACAGGCCUCUGGAGGCAACGACUCGGGGAAUGAUGACUGGAUCUUCAACACGAUCAGGGAGAAGGACCCCAAGAAGUUUCACAACGGAGCGGCACAGCCUGAGGAACUGGCGAGGAACGAGGCACAAGACAUUCCAAAGAGGCCCCUGUCACACAGCUUGUCUACAGUUAUCUCUCCUUUGUUUGCUGAGCUGAAGGAGCAGAGCGAGGCCGGCAGCGCUAAGCUCGAGGCCCUGGAGGAGCUGAGGGAGGCCAUCUUCCUGGCGGAGGAGGCCUAUCCCGGGAUCUCUGACUCCUUGGUGAACGGACUCGUGCAGAGACUCCAGAGGUUCGCUGUGGCGCGGGCGUCCUCCUCGCAGUGAGAGCCGGUGUGCGUCUCCCCCUCACAGCCGUCAGGUCCGCGCCUCCUCCGCCCUCCUCCAUCGGCCGCUUAAAGCCAAACUCUUCCACUUCCUGUCUCUCUCUUCCUCCAUUCGUCAUAGUGCACAUAUUCGAGCGUGGCAUGCGAGCGAGGGACCGGCGCUCAGCUGGGGCCCGGCAGGGGUCCCUACGCCCCUCGUGGUCCGCUGCAUGUACAAAGGGGGCUCCGUAUACAUAUCUCCUGCUCCAGCAAGUUUGGGGAUUUCAGUUUUGGGAGUUUUCACAAUUUGCCCAGAAAAUACGACAUGUAGAAGAAAAAAUAAAGCUAGCCCGGCUUAUAUAGCAAGUUAAGAAAUGAGCGAUGGCUUUCGGGAGCGUCUGAAACUUCCGGAAGUUUCCGAGGUGUACGCUAGGCGGGUGUGUGUGUGUGCGUGUGCGGGUGUGUGUAUGUGUAUGUGUGUGUGUGUGUGUGCGGGUGCGUGCGUGCUUGCUCUUACUUGUUUACCUUGAAAUCCUGAAGUGUGCGUCUGGGAACCGUGCUAGGGAGAUUGAAGCAUUCUUUUGAAACCUCAGGUAUCCUGCUUUAAGUGGACGGGUCCUUUGGGAGGCGGAGAACGCUCAGUGGGGUGGGUGUACAAAUUUGUAAAUAAGGUCAUUUUUACAGAUCUGGAGAAUUAGAGGGGUGCCCGUAAAGGAAUCACUGUGUACAAACGGCCAAGUGCUUCUGUAGAUACUCAGUAAAGGUAAAUAUUUAAAGAUACAGUCACUCCAAUGGCCAUAACUGAGAAUUGCCUUGCCUUUAUGAUAUAUGUACUUUUUUAAAUUUUCAUCUUUGGUUUUCUUUCAUUUAAAAAAUAAAAUUAAUUUCAAAGGUUUUACCAUUCAGUGGAAGCUGAGGCCCUAAUUCCAUAUGUUUUAAUCGUUGCAGUUGGUAAGCUUCUGUUUGGCGCUAUUCCUUGCUGAUCAGUCCCCUGUAGUUUUACCACCUUGGAGCCCAUACUCUGUCAUAGGACAAAUAAUGCCAUAGUUCACUCAGUCCAGGUUGAAACAAUAUUUAUUGCUCAAGUCAGAAAGUCCCCGCAAAAAAUAGUAUGCCAUUGACUGCAUCUUUCCUUUGCUGUUCGUCUGUGAGUCGAGCUCAUUUAAGGCUCCUGUGCAGUCUAACCCCAGAGUACCUGCCGCUCAAAAUAAACACAACGCCAGCAGGUCUUACCACUUCCUCUUCUUACUCCGCAUCAUUGCAUUCAUGGAUUAAUGAGAAAUGUGGUGUACUAAAAGGGGAAAAUGUUUAAAAGGACAUUUGGAUAUAGUAUUGACACAGUUUAGCAUUCUCUCAUCGGGUAGUAUUCGGACAUUACCAGCAGUGAACUCCGUUGCAGCCUCUAGACGCAAGUCUUCCAGGGCACUGCACGUCAGCUGGCACAAAAAGGCUUUAGCAUUGCCUUUCGCUUAUACAUAAAGCAGCCAAAAAAACAUGCAUGAGAUUUAUUAUACCGACAGUGUACAUGUAGGAAGUGCCAUGUAAGGCUGGACUUGGGACAAUUACUCAACAUGCCUCUCAACUAGCGACAUUGGUUGGCGCACACACACAAACUUGCUACACCGCUACUGCGUAAAGACAAGAAAGUAUCGCCAGUUUGCAGUCCUCAGGAGCUGGAAACGAACGUGUCAUGUAACGAACGUGCAUGUAGAAUAAGCCUUCUGCAUCGAGUACAGUAUGUGUUGUAGCAUACUGCAGCGGUUGGAAUGGUUGCAUCUUCUGGAGAUCUAAGGCUCGAUUUGACCUUUGCUUCAGUGCGGAACCUGGGAUAAUGUAGUCACGGCUUUAAAUACUUUGAGUCAAGAAUUAUUCAUUCUGGCCAGGCCCUUAUUUUUAACCUCCUUUUUUCCCCUCAUUGUCACAGACCCCUGCAGCUACGGAGACAAGGGUAGGCAGCAAUAACGUAACAAUCGGAGCAGUCGGGCACAUUAAGCGGUUUUUAAUCUAAUGCUGUCACAAGUAAUCACAUUACUUUAUUUUUUAAAAUAAUACAAAAUCUAUUACACAUUUUUUGAGAAGUGUUUUACCAAUGGCUUGAAUUAAAGGGGCAGCGCUUCAUCAACCCUACAGGUCUUUACAGUGCCUUGUACUGUUAAAAAUAUAUGGGCAUCUCAGACUGUUCCAACCUUAGAUUAGCAUCAGAGUUUUAAAAGGAGUCGGCAGGCUUUCAUUCAGGAUAGCGGUGCGUUAGCUGUGUGUACGCUAGCAGGUGUUGCCUUGAAUUCAUCCACCUGCAUUGGCUUCAUUAGGUUUGCAAACGAGGCCUAAAAUACCAGCUUAAAAUCCCAUUAGUUAGUUCCCACGGUCGAUAAAAGGUUUGGGGGAAAAACUCAUCCCCUCCUCAGGAAGAAGCUGAAGUCUAGGUGUCCCGUCUUCUUCCUGUCCUGUAGUGUAGUGUUUUUUUUUUUUUUUUUGAGACCUCCCAGUAACUAAAAAAAGACUGAAGUCACGGACGUGGCUUUCACAUGAACCUCACGACACCAAACACAGCCACCUCACCUGCACUGUUACAGAAAGGUUUCUGUUUCAGUUCCUACCUUCUUCAGUGGAGACACGAUUGCCAACCUGUCCAUAUGAUCCACCGCUGCAUCUGUUCCCCCCAUCCUGUAGUCCCAGGUAUAAAACGUGCCAUGUCUUCACCGCCCCCCCCAAUCUUUUUUUUUUUUUGUUUUGUAUUGUAAUUUGCACCUUGUGGAGCCGGUCCAGUUAGAUUCUUAAUCUGUGUUGCACUUUGUAAACAUUUAUUUAGUAUUUAAAAAGGAGAAAUGGUACAUAUUCGAGGCCAGCGUUCCUUGUCAUUUCCUUUGAUUGCUACUGUACCUUCACUAUUAUGGCAAUAACACAAGGCCACCCAGGAUGCAUUCUUCAGCACAGGUAUAUUAUAUGGAAUGAAUCAAAGAAAAAUCCAAUAUUUUUAUAAGAGCAAGUAUUGUAGUACAGAGAAAAACAAAUCUGGAUCUCUGUUAUGUCUAUUAUUAAUGAUGGGAUACUUAUCACAGAUUAUUAAAAAUGUGUAAAUUUCAUUUUCUGUAACAUUGCUGACAGUUUAUAGUCCUGUAUAUAAUCCUUGCUUAUGUCAUUAAAAACAUCAAGGUAUUGAACUCCUUGUACGCUUUCAAGUGAUUAAAAAAAUAAAAUGUAAAAAAAUCUAAUCAAA